UAUUUACAGGAGCGGAGGGAAGCAAAUUUUAAGACGUGAAGAGGUGGUGGGCGUGAUGAUAGGUUGUGGGGACCCACAAGUACUCGCGCAUGGGAAAGAUGGAGAAAAGUUUAUAGCGUAGGCGUACGCACAGUCACACUCACAUUCUAUAACUAACUGGAUCCCAUAUACAGAGAUAUAGGUAAUGGGAUUAUGCCAUACUGCGAGAGUCCAGAAGAUGGUAUGUUUAAGCUUCUGGAAGCUUCCUGCACAUCGUCCUUGAGAAUCUUUGUUCUUACGUUCUUCCAUUGCUACUGCUGCACUUUGCGUAUGUGACGAGAUACAAGCGGUCCCACUCUGAUCUCUACAUUCUGCUUUAGUUUUAGGUUUCCUGUUAGUCUGUACUUGAGUUAGUUUCUGCCAAGUCUGUCGCUUUGUCUGUUGGCCUGCAUUAUUCCUGUCUGCCUUAGCUCCCGGCAAUUUGGCUGAUUUGUUCCACCUCAUUUCACGCUCUUCUCUGUGAUGUCUCUAUUUUGCAAUCUAAAAGUUCAGUGCAAUUCUUGCUGCUUAGUUUUUAGUUCUCAAUUUCAAUCCUUUUGCAGUUUUUAAUACAGUCUGAACUGGCAAAGAGUUGAAUCCCGGGGUGGAAUUAAGAUAUCAUGCCGCAAUUGAAUAAUUGAGGGUCUCCAUUCUUGAAUUGUUUUCUGACUCGGCGUCUUAAUGGGGUUUUUUCGGUAGGAGAUGAUGAUGACUUUCCUUAGUGUAGGUGAAAUUCGUGUGGGGAACUGGGCGGGUUCGAAACCCAGGGGAUGGCUUUGAGCCUCAGCUUGAUGACAAGGCUCCUGAUCUAGUUCUACAAGUUGCAAGGCAGAGAUGAAGGUGGAAGUAGUGUUGGUGAUCGUGGUUGUAUGUAGUACGAGUCUGAGUGGAUGUAGCUCUAUUUCAAGGGAAGGUUUGUCUCUGCUGGCAUUCAAAGAUGCCAUAUUCGACGAUCCGAGCUCGGCGCUGUCCAAUUGGAACCCGCUCGAUCAAAACCCCUGCAACUGGUCCGGUGUCCUCUGCCUGACUUCUGGAGGUUCUGUUCAAGCCUUAAAUCUUCCGGGUUUGUCACUUAAAGGAUUUCUAGCACCAGAAUUGGGCCUCCUAACUUAUCUUGAAACACUGAACCUUCGAAGUAACAGUAUCUUAGGUGCCAUACCAAGACAACUUGGUGGGCUCAAAAAUCUUGAGAACUUAGAUCUGAGUCUCAAUCAGCUUACAGGUGUUAUUCCUAAGGAAAUUGGAAAUUUGUCAAACAUUGCAAAGAUUUUUUUGGAGGGAAAUGACUUGGUAGGCAGUAUUCCCCCAGAACUUGGCAAAUUGGAGAAACUUCAAGAGUUGCAUCUGCACAGAAACAGGUUCCAAGGAACCAUUCUUGGUGAUAAUGAGUCGAUGAAUAUUAAUCCAAAUCCCCAAGGAUUGUAUGGUAUACAGGGGAGAAAAUCUAGUCUCUGCAAUUUAAAACAAUUGAAGGAUGCAAAUUUCUCUCAUAACUUUCUUGUUGGAAGAAUACCAACAUGCUUGAAAUACUUGCCAAGGUCUAGUUUUGAUUGGAAUUGCUUGCAAGAUGGUGAUCCAAAUCUGCAUCAGCGUCCACUAGAUCAAUGUGGAUUUCUCAUUUCUGCGACAAAGCCAACAAACCAGCCAAAGCUAGGAAAAGAAAAUGGUAACUUCAAACCCCUAUGGUUGCUUCCCCUUGAAAUUGUGAUGGGAAGCUUUAUAGCAGCAAUUUUUUUGGUUGCUGCUGUUAUGACUCUCAUAAAAUACAAAAAAGAAGCCAUUGCAUUUAUGCCGUGGAAGAAAACUUUGACUGGUCACGAAGGAGAUAGAUUUGGCACAGUCCAACCAGGAUUUGGAGCAUUAAAUGGUGUAACAGUGAUGAGCCGAGUAGAGCUUCAAGAAGCAUGUGAAGACUUCAGCAACAUUAUUGGCUGUUGCCCUGAUAGCAUAGUUUACAAAGGUAUCACAUCACAGGGACGAGAAAUAGCUGUAACAAGCAUGCGUGUUACCAGAGAAGAUUGGACCCCCCAAUCUGAGGUUUGUUUUCGAAAAAAGGUGCAAGAUCUAGCAAAGUUGAAUCAUAGAAAUAUUGUCAAACUGUUGGGACAUUGUACGGAGAAUGAACCAUUCACACGAAUGUUUGUCUUUGAGUAUGCUUCAAAUGGGACACUGUACGAGCAUCUUCAUUAUGGGGAUGGAUGGCAGCUAGGCUGGAGUGCUCGGAUGAAAAUUAUAGCAGGAGUGGCACAUGGUUUGCAGUACAUGCACCAUGAACUCGUACCUCCCGUUUCCUUUGUGGAUUUGGACUCCAAUGCAAUAUACCUAACAGAAGACUUUACUCCAAAGUUGGCAGACUUUGAGACUUGGAAAUCCAUAUUUGUAAAAGAUGAAAGGAGGUCAAUUUUCAAAAGCAGUGCAACUCUGACUCGUGGUUCUGUAGAAUCUUUAGGAGAUCAUUCUGAUAUUGAAUUCAACAUAUUCAGCUUUGGAGUGCUUCUAUUGGAGAUUAUCAGUGGACGAUUCCCCUAUUGCAAGCACCAGGGAUCCCUUCUUGACUGGGCUCAAGAGUACUUGGAGGUUCCUGAAGUCAUCGCCUACCUAGUUGACCCUGCACUCAGAUAUUUCAGGUACAGUGAUCUCCAAACUGUAUGUGAAGUGGUUCGUCUCUGCAUUAAAUCUGAUCAUACAAGACCUUCAAUGAAGCAGAUAGUUUGUAUGCUUGAGUCUGGAAUUGACACAUCUGAGACUGCGGGUUUCAAAGAAUCUCCCCUCAAGUGGGCAGAGCAUCAACUCGUAUCCUGAUUGUAAAGAAAUUUCCAUUUUCUGCUGAGUGUAUUGGUCAUGUUUGAAGUUAUAUGUGUAGCAAAGUUAACGUCAAUUUAUUCCAUUGACAGAAGGCAUUUGUUCAUUCACAUUUUCGUGCUGUGACCAUAAAAAAAUGUAGUUGGGUAGAACAUGAUAUGCCAGCACGAUAAUAGAUAUGCCCAUGAGAUAUAAAUCUGUACCAUACUUGGAGGAUUGAGCUUCCUCUUCAUGUUCUUUUUCAAAAUGAAGAUUCUUUCAUUGUUUGAUGGAUUCAAUUUAGCUUCCUCUACUUAACAAAUAGGAUUGCUUAAGGACA